AAAUGCAAUGCGCUUGUUGACUCCGCUACUGCAUCUUGAGUCGCAACUGCGCUGCUAAAUUUUGCGCUGCGACGAAAUCAGGAACCUUGAGUCAGUUUUGGUUGUGUUUCUUCUUGAUAUAAAAUUUAUACGACCUUAUCAGAAUGUCUAAACGAGGACGCGGAGGAGCCUCCGGCUCGAAGUUCCGGAUUUCUCUUGGUCUACCGGUUGGAGCCGUAAUCAACUGUGCGGAUAACACUGGAGCGAAAAACCUAUACAUUAUUGCCGUGGGUGGAGUAAAAAGCCGUUUGAACAGACUGCCAGCUGCCGCCGUCGGGGACAUGAUUAUCUGCACAGUCAAGAAGGGAAAACCUGAGUUAAGGAAAAAGGUUAUGCAAGGCGUGGUAAUCCGUCAACGAAAAGCCUUCCGAAGAAAGGACGGUAUGUUUAUCUACUUCGAAGAUAAUGCCGGGGUUAUUGUGAAUAACAAAGGCGAAAUGAAAGGAUCAGCCAUCACCGGCCCAGUCGCCAAGGAAUGUGCAGAAUUAUGGCCGCGUAUUGCAUCUAACGCCGGCAGCAUUGCUUAAGAAGAUCACUUGUUUAACUUUCUCGAUCUUUUCUUUAUGACUGUCUUCUGUCACCCAUCUUUACCCAGGCAUUUGAAUAAAAGCUUCGCUAUGCGA